GAGAUAUUUAUUCUGAGAUUCCAGGUUUUGGGCAUCACCACAAGAGUAUUCUUUCGUUAACGCACUAGCUACGUCGCAUUCAACAUGGUUAUUCCUAAUCCGAACAUGAAGCUAUCUUCCAACGACACACGGAUCCUCCACGCGCUUUUCGAUCCGGAAACGCUACCUUCUUCUGUCGCACGUUCGAAAGAUCAAUGGAUAGUCGAUGCCUCGUUACCACCCCAUUCAACCAUCUCAUCAUCGCAGCUAUCAGUCCUCGAAAUCCAGCAAAAUAAUCUCAUACGACGGGUUACCUCGACGUCAAAGCCCCGAGACGGUGUAAUUGACGAUGUGUUAGAAACGAUGGACAAAAUCGCAACGAAAUGGCCAAAUUAUCCAAGCACGUACCUUAACCGCGCCAUGCUCAUUCGAAUAAAACUAGAAUCAUCAGUGCCAAAAGAUGCAUCUAUUUUCUCGGCCAUCGAUCCAAACAUCGAGCGCCUCUUCACAGAUCUUUUUCAUGCCAUACGGCUUUCCUCACCGCCCUCCCUAUCAACUCCCAUUUCCCCCUAUCAAGCUCGCAUUCUGCGGCAAGCGUACUCCCACCGUGCCUAUUUGUACCUCAAGGCUGCAGAAUCAUCCCAUGAUCUCAAAGGAAAGAGUAAAGCAGAGUUGGAGGAGCUAGCUAGCUUGGAUUUCAAAAAUGCGGCGAGGUUUGGUGAUGAAGUUGCGAGAGAAAUGAGUGUCCGGACAAAUCCGUAUGCGAAAAUGUGUGGGGCUAUUGUUAGAAAUGCGUUAAGAGAGGAGAGAGAGUGUGUGUGUAACUGAAGGUUAAGGAGACAUGAAUCUCCAGCAUCAUGUGCAAGAAUAUUAGGUAGCAUAGUAGAGAUACGGAAUAAUUUGACCAGAG